AUGAACUUCUGGCACGACAAAAUUCUCCUCCUCGAAGUAGAGGAAAUAACUCUCAGACUUUUGGGAACGAAGCCCAUGGGGAGCUCGACGAUUCAUCAUGUUCAACUAGUGGUCUUGAAAAUCCUUAUGCUGGACGAAACGAUACAGCGGUGGAUCGUUUGGCGAGAGCACUUGAAGACAAUUCAGGUUGUGGUGCCUGAUUUUGACGGCAAACUAAACCCGGAAGAAUAUUGUGAUUGGAAAGCUUCUCUUGAGGCUCUCUUUGAGUGGAAAAAUCUCACCGAGCAAAGAAAAGUCCAACUAGUCGCUACGAAGUUAAAGGGUCACGCACUUAUUUGGUGGCAACAAUACCAACGCAGCAGAGAAAGGAAAGGGCUACCACGAGUUGCUACUUGGCUCGAAAUGAAGUUGAUGAUGGACGAAAAGUUUCUACCUCUGGAUUAUAAUCAAACCUUGUACCAAAAGUUCCAUUUGUUGCGGCAACGAGUAGAUCAAUCAGUAGCAAGCUACACAGAAGAGUUCUACAAAUUAAUGAGUCGAAUUGAGCUUUAUGACAGCAAUGACCAACUUGUUGCCCGCUACGUGGCUGGUUUGAAGAGUUCAAUUCGUGGAGAACUUUUCUUGCUUUGUUUCAAUUCACUUGCGGAAGCGUACCAGAUGGCUCUUAAGGCGGAAGAGAAACUAAAGUGGAGCUCGUUUAGGAAAAGCGAAAGUUCUAAAUCUUUCAAUCCAAAAGGCAGUGCUAAAUCGCAUAACAGUACACCAUCACCAACUAAGACUUCAAACCAAAGUACUGGGCAAUGGAGCAAGGACCGUGGAAAGUCGUCACAACCUUGUGGAAAGCCCUGCUUUCGGUGUGGCGAACCUGACCAUAAAGCAUACGAGUGUCCAAAAAAGAAUGCUGAAAUUCAUCUUGUCACGGAAGACCAACAUGGUGAAGAAGACAGUAUUCCACACUUUGACGACGAUUUUGAGCGCGAAUCAAACGAGGAAUAUUGCCAACCUGACUGUGAUGCAGAAAGUCUUGUUAUUCAAAGGUUGAUGUCGGUCCAGAAAGACGACCUAUGGCUUCGCCAUAACAUUUUUCGCACACAUUGUCUCUCCGGAGGCAAAAAGUGUAUUUUGAUGAUCGAUGCUGGAAGUUGCGAAAACAUGGUCUCUCGGACUAUGAUUGAUAAGCUGAACUUGAAGUGCGAGAACCAUCCGAAGCCAUACAAAGUUUCAUAG